AUGACGCACGAAUACCCAGGUAUCAAUGUUGACUUGCGCCAUUAUCCUACUGGGCUGGCUGCAAAGUCGUACCCCAUUGGCGCCCAUGGCAACUGCGCGGGCGCCGAGUCGGAGCUUUUGCCUGUCCGCGAAGUAUUCAUGAUGGUAUUGAUGGACUGGUUGUCUGACAAGCCUGACUGGGACAAGAAGGUCUUCGAUGAGGAAAUAGUCGCCAAGUGGCGGAAGGAGGCAUUGGAGCAGCCGGAGGAUAAGCUAUAUGCACAGCUGGUUGAGAGUAAAUCGGGUGGAGUCAAAGUUCCCAUGCCACGCGCACGCAUGAUGUCGGAAACUGCUUUUGACUAUUGCAUGAAGGAGUUGAGGGCGAAAGCUGCUCACUUCCAACGGGUCUCAUCCCUACCCUCGAUUCGGCGGGCAACACCAUUGUCAAGUCUGACACCGUCGUGA